GAGGGAUCAAGUCACAGCACACUGAGUCGUUUUCACUCAGUCGCUCGACUCUCACUGUCUCUUGUGUCUUUCUCCAGCACACACUUAAUAACACACGCGGAGCCACACACAUACACACACACAUACACACACACACACUCGACUCAAGUGAGUUUGAGGGCAUAUCAGUAAAUCUUUGACCGGACCAGACUGUACAGGAAGGAAAAACAGUGGAUACAAACUUUUUCUAAGCUCUUGGGUCAGACAAAACAAAAAGGAAUUGUGUUUUUUUUUCCUCAUUUAUUGUUGGACUUUUGGACUCGGACUGGGCGAGGGCACAGUAAGAGGAAGGAGAUGGGGAGAUGGUCGUUACAUGUCUCAGUGGGGCUUGGGCUUCUAGCCCUCUUAUUGACCUGCUGUUAUGCUGAAGUGAACUACUGCUACGCCGCCAAGGGCAAGACCUGCUCAGAAUGUCUGCAGACUUCGAUAGGCUGUGCGUACUGCCCUGAUGAGAUGUAUACCGGCCCUCGCUGUGACCUGGAACAGAACAUACUUGCCCAAGGCUGCAGCGCUGCGGCAAUAAUCACAGCUCAAAGCAGUAUGCAGAUAGAAGAGAAUCAACAAAUCAACAUGAAGCUUCAGCAGUCGCAAGUGUCUCCUCAGCGCAUGAGCAUGACCUUUCUGCCAGGAGAGAAGAGACUGGUAGAUGUAGAAGUGUUUGCCCCAAACAAAGGUCCUCUGGACCUUUAUAUUCUUAUGGACUUCUCCAACUCCAUGGCUGACGAUUUGGACAACUUGAAAAGGAUGGGCAAGGAGCUAGCUUCUGUGGUGGGGAGUCUGUCAGAAGACUACACUAUUGGCUUCGGAAAGUUUGUGGAUAAAGUGAUCGAGCCACAGACUGACAUGAGACCGUUAAACCUUAAGCAGCCAUGGCCCAACAGCGACCCCCCGUUCUCAUUCAAAAGCGUCAUCAAGCUGACCAGCGACUUGGAGUUUUUCAACCAGGAGCUCCAGAAGGAGAGAAUAUCCGGCAACCUGGACGCUCCUGAAGGAGGUUUCGAUGCCAUAUUGCAGGCUGCCGUUUGUAAGGACAAGAUUGGCUGGCGACCCCACAGCACACAUCUAUUGGUUUUCUCCACCGAGUCAGCCUUUCAUUACGAGGCUGACGGUGCCAACGUGCUCUCGGGCAUUCUGAAACGCAAUGAUGAGCUCUGCCACUUGGACGAAAACGACCAGUACACAGAGGACAUAACCCAGGAUUACCCUUCAAUACCUACACUGGUCCGUCUCCUGCGCAAAAACAACAUCAUUCCCAUCUUUGCUGUCACCAGCCACUCCUUUGACUACUACGAGAAACUGAAAGAGUAUUUCCCCAUCGCUGAGGUUGGUUUGCUGCAAGAAGACUCCUCCAACAUGCUUGAACUCCUGGAUACUGCCUUCAAGAAUAUUCGUUCUAAGAUGAGCAUCCAGGCAGAGGAUAAACCCAAGGCUUUCGCAACACAGUUCCAGACCACCAGUGGAAGCGUUUCACAAUAUGGGGCCUUCAAUUUUAAGCCUGGAGAAAUAGGUAAGUUCAAGAUGCUGCUCUCAGCUAACCGAGAGGUCGACAACGAGCCAGUCUGUCAGCUGGAUCAAGACCAGAAAGACGGAAUAAUGAGAGUCAAACCAACAACCUUCAAUGCUGCUGUCAAUGUGAAGGCUUCAGUUUUAUGUCCAACAUGUGCCUGUGAGCAGGCUAGAGUCCCAGAUGCACGCAGAUGCUACGGCAAUGGAGACCUGGUGUGUGGGAAGUGUCAGUGCCAUGAAGGCUGGCUGAGUACAUUCUGUAACUGCUCUGCAAGUGCUGCAUCUCAGGACAGCAGCCAGUGUAUCGGGCCGGGCUCGACCGAAGCAUGUUCAGGUCGAGGUGACUGCACAGACUGUGGAAUGUGCGUGUGCUACAACCCCAAGCGGUUUGAAGGACCCUACUGUCAAUAUGAUAAAUCCCAGUGUCAACGGUCCGGAGGAUUCCUUUGCAACGACCGUGGCUCUUGUAUAAUGGGUCGCUGUGUGUGUACGGAGGGCUGGGAGGGCAAUGCUUGUGACUGUUCCAGGAGCAACCAAACCUGUCUAGACACCAAAGGGGGUCUCUGCAAUGGACGAGGUAAAUGUGUUUGUGGUCGCUGUGAGUGCCCGAGCGGGAUUGAAAUGACUUCAGUCUGUGAGCCAAAUUUUCAGGCCCAAUUGGGAGUGUGUGAGUCUACGAGGUAUUGUGUCCAGUGUCAGGCCUGGAAGACAGGAGAGAAGAAAAAGAAGGAGGAGUGUGAUAAGUGUAUUUUCAAAGUCAUCAUGGUCGAUGAACUCAAAGAAAGGAAGAAGGUUCUUGAUUCUUGCAGUUUCCGUGAUGAGGAUGACGACUGUACGUACCACUACACCGUUCAAAACCCUGAAGAUAAGAAAGUUAAGGACUUGGUGGUUCAGGUGCUCAAAAAGAAAGAUUGUCCAGCUGCUAGCCUCCUGUGGUUGCUCCCUCUCCUCUUGUUCCUCUUGUUGCUGCUGGCACUUCUGCUGCUCUGCUGUUGGAAAUACUGUGCCUGUUGCAAAACGUGCUUCCAGAGCUGCCUUGCCCUGCUGCCUUGCUGUAGACGAGGACGCAUGGUUGGCUUCAAGGAAGACGAGUAUUUGCUCCAUCAAUCUCGGCUCACCUCAGACCAUCUGGACACACCGAUGGUGAGGACUGGCCCACCCAAGGGGACUGAUGUGGUUCGCUGGAAGGUAACCGAUAACGUACACAGAGGACCCAAUCACCCCCAGGCUCUGAUAAAGCCUAACCCGAAAGAGAUAAUCCAGUACCCCAUCUCCCUCCGACUAAACAGGUUGUUCUCUGAGAACCUGUCUCGCCCCGAAUCCAGAGAUGCUGAACAGCUGCGUAAAGAAGUGUCCGAUAACCUGAAUGAAGUGUACAAGCAGAUUCCAGGUGCACAGAAGGUGCAAAAGACCUCCUUCAGAUUGCAGAGAAAUGCUGGAAAGAGGCAGGACUACGCCAUCAUGGACACCGUCUUACCUGCUCCCCGUGGCAACUACCCGGAUAUUGUCAAACUUACAGAGAAAAACGUCCAGUCUGGAAACUUAAGUGAUCUCAAAGUUGUGCCUGGCUAUUUCACUGUGGCAACAGACAGAGAGGCUGCGGGAGCCAUAGAGUUCCAAGAAGGUGUGGAGUCAUUAGACGUUCACGUUCCCCUCUUCGCCAAGGAAGAAGAUGAUGACAAGAAACAGCUGCUGGUCGAGGCCAAGGAUGUGCCACUGGGUAUUGCUGAGAUUGGAAAACGUUUGGUUAACAUCACCAUCAUCAAAGAGCAUGCCUCCAGUGUCUUUUCGUUCCUCCAGCCUGCGUACAGUUACAGCAGGAAGGAUGGUGUGGCCAACAUCCCAAUCAGCAGAGAGAUUAUAGAUGAUGUGCGCACCCAGGUCACUUAUCGUACACGAGACCUCACAGCCAAGGACAAGAGGGACUAUAUGACUGUGGAAGGAGACCUGACUUACCUUCCUGGUGAGACCCAGAAAACAGUGCCUGUUCGACUGCUAGAGGUGGGAGAGAAAAAUGUCCUCCUGGAAGACAAACCGGUCAAGCAGUUUGUCAUGGAUCUCAGUAACCCACGUCAGGGUGCAAAGUUGGGACGCUACCCUCGAACUACUGUCACUAUUGUGGACCAACCAGAACCAACUGUGAUGAUGUUCAAAAAGGCCACCCAGAACUUCUCCACAUCUGACCCAACCUACACCAUCCCUGUGGUCCGCACUCACAACCAGGACAGCCCUGCCACAGUGAAAUGGCGCACCAAGAAGGCUCAGCGCUUCGACCUAUCAGGCCCACUUAAGUUUGGUCCAGGAGAGACAGAGAAGAACAUAGUGAUCGACCCGGUGUCCCACCCUGGACCGAUCAAACCAGAGACCUUCCAACUGGAGCUGUUUGACCCAAGUAGCGGUGCUACUGUCGGAGAAAGAAAGACCACACUUGUCAAUGUAGCCGAUGGAGCUCCAAAAUCUCCAGAAUUUGCCCAGAAGCAGCAGCAGGGCUACAUAAACAGUAAAGCCUCCUCCCCAGCAAACCCUAAAGCCACAGCAACUGGACCUAGAAGCAUCCGCCUGAAAUGGGACCCACCAGCCGGUAACCCCACAGGCUACAAGGUUAAAUAUUGGAUCUAUGGUGACCCAGAGAAAGAUGCCCAGGUGAUGGAUGUGAAGACUCCUCAUGCUGAUUUGACCAACCUGUACCCCUAUUGUGACUAUGAGAUGCGAGUGUGCGGCUACAAUGCAAUGGGAGACGGCAUCGAUACAGACAUUGUUUCCUGUCAAACAAUGGAGGACGUUCCUGGUGAACCUGGACGUCUCGCCUUCAAUGUCAUCAGUCCAACUGUCACUCAGAUUAGCUGGGCAGAGCCCGCAGAGACCAAUGGCAAUAUUACUGCUUAUGAGGUCAUCUACACACCCAUCGAUGAUGACAAGAAGCCAGUGGGUGCUGCUAAGAAAGUAAAGAUUGACAACCCCAAGAAGAGAAUGAUGCUGAUCGAGAACCUCCAGAAUGCCCAGACCUACCAGUACAAAGUACGAGCAAAGAACAGUGUGGGCUGGGGCCCCUUCAGAGAUGCCACCAUUAACCUGGCAUCGCAGCCUGCCAGACCACUGUCCAUUCCCAUCAUUCCAGAUAUCCCUAUUGUGGAUGCAGAGGCAGGAGAUGAGUAUGACAGUUACCUGAUGUACAGCAAUGAGGUGCUGAAGUCGCCUGCAGGCUCCAAGACACCCAGCAUCUCUGGUGAUGAUUACUCGAUGAACGCGAAGUGGGACCAAAACUUCCUUUUCCCAGGCGGAUCAGGGACACGCAACUUGUCUGCAUCGUCCUCUCCGAUGUCUACGUUGAGCUCAAACUAUCAAGUAGGAGGAGGCACCUAUACCACAGAAACAAGUACCAACUACGUGACAGGACCAGGAGGUACUCGUAGGCAGGAAAUGAGCAUCGGAGGAGGAGGCGGCGGCGGCACCUAUACCACAGAAACAAGUACCACCUACAUGACAGGACCAGGAGGUACUCGUAGGCAGGAAAUGCUCAUCGGAGGAGGAGGAGUAGGUGGAGUAGGAGGAGGCGGCGGCACCUAUACCACAGAAACAAGUACCACCUACAUGACAGGACCAGGAGGUACUCGUAGGCAGGAAAUGCUCAUCGGAGGAGGAGGAGUUCACACAUCAGAAGUCAUCAUGAGGAAGCGUUCAGAGAACAGGGGCUACACAGAUGAAAACAUCCGGGACUCUAUCGUCAUGGGAGAUUUGUCAGGCACGCUCCAAAGCCCUGCGCCAUCAGGUGUGUUCGGCUACACUGGGAUGCAGAGCAGCUCUCAGAGCCAGUUCAGCUACAGCCUGUCUCAGGGUUCGAGGGCCAGGACUUCGUCAUCAGAUGUCAAUGAAGCUCUAUAUAAUCUGGACAGAGUGCUCCAGGAUGCACGACUUUCUCCAGGUGUUCCAGACACCCCCAGCAGACUGGUGUUCUCUGCUCUGGGUCCCACCGCCCUGAAGGUCAGCUGGCAGGAGCCCCACUGCGAGAAGGACAUCCUGAGCUACACUGUUAUCUACCAGCUGCUCAGCGGAGGUGAGGCGAAACGUGUCAAUGUGACAAACCCAGAAGAGAACUCAGUGAUCAUCCAGGACCUGCUGCCAAAUCACUCCUACCUAUUUAAGGUAAAGGCUCAGAGCCAGGAGGGCUGGGGUCCAGAAAGAGAGGGAGUCAUCACCAUCGAGUCCGCUGUCGACCCCAAGAGUCCUCUCAGCCCCAUGCCAGGCUCACCAUUUACUCUGAGCACCCCCAGUGCACCGGGCCCCCUUGUCUUCACUGCUCUGAGUCCUGAUUCGCUGCAGCUCAGCUGGGAGAAGCCUCGUAAACCCAACGGAGACAUCCUGGGAUAUGUAGUCACCUGUGAACAGCUGCACGGUGGAGGAGAUGUUCGCACCUUCCAGGUGAAUGGAGACAGUGCUGAUAUCAGUCUGACCGUCCCAAACCUGACUGAGAACGUUCCUUACAAGUUUAAAGUCCAGGCUCGUACCACACAGGGCUUUGGUCCUGAGAGGGAGGGAAUCAUCACUAUUGAGUCUCAGGAUGCAGGAGCAAUGUCUCAGUACAGCAUGCAGUCGAUGCAAAUGAAAGACAUUUCCCAAAUGCCAGUGCAAACCAAUGACUCCAUGCUGGACUCCUUUUUCUCAGAUGGGAUGAUGAUGACCACACAGACCAGCGGCAUGGUGACCCGUCAGGUUACUAAGGAAGUGGUUCAGAGGAGUGUCACAGGAGGAGCCACCGUCACAAAGAAGAUGUUCUAUGAGUCUUAAAAUCGAAAUCAACUGCACCAAAAAUGAAACCCGUAAGGUCCAACAUGACAUGAAAACCUGACAUUCUCUUUUAAAAAGAGUUAGCUUCAGGGUGCUCAUCAUGUGAUCAUUGCAUGUUUUAAUAUAUAUACGUGAGAUUCUGCAACCAAAAAAAAAGAUUUCAUUUAUUAGAUAUUUGUCCUGUCUGUUACAAAAUGUGGCUCCAUACCUGAGGUUUAUUUGAAUAUUUACAUUCAUUUUCACUGUUGCUUGUGUUGUAUUUCACUCGUUUGUUUGAGCAUGUCCCUUUGUUUAAGACUUCAGUCCCUCUGUAGGUUUAGAGCUGGAAACACUCUCUGGGCUUUAAAUCAGGCCUGCACACACCAGUAAUCUGACUGCGCUUCAGUAAUCCAAAGUGACCUUUCUCUUUGUUUCCAAUCCUCCACCUGUCUGUAAUCGACGUGUCUGUGUGAGUGUGUGUGUGUGUGUGUGUGUGUGUGUGUGUGUGUGACGUGCAGGAGAGAUUGUUUUGAAACGUCUGUGUGCGUCUUCAGCCAAGUGUUUUUAUCUUUAGCGAUCCAGAUUAUAAAAGCAAGCAAAGUGUAUUUGGGAGAUUUGUUCAUAGUUUUGUAUUAUAUUAAAGGUUUCUUUUCAAGCAUAUUUAAUACUUUCUAAGGUUUUUACUCUAGCAGACUGACAUAAGAUUUUAUGCCAAAUAAAGACACAUUUCAUUCAGACUAGGAAGAGGUAAUACAGAGCCAUGAUCAAAGCUCUGGUAGAUGUGACAUGUUUUCAUAACUCAUAAGUAGUUUUAUACUCAAAAAAGAAACACACUGCUUUUGGUAGAUGUUCUUUAUGUUUGCUCACUGUGCAUUGCAUUAUGGGUAGGUUGAUCACCAUUCACCGGUGAGAUCUUGAUAUUUUAUAGAAACAGCAUACAAAGACAGAAAGAUUGUAUUUGCUUCCAUGCAAUUUUCUACUGUAUUAUGGCUCAUCGUGUUUGAGCGGGUAUUUUAGUCAGAAACAUCUGAUGAAGAUGAAUGGAUGAACUUCACACCAAAAACACACAUUUAAGUAUUCUUGUACUUCAGAUCAACGUGUAUCAGUGACUCUUUCUCUGCAUUGUUUCUUCUUUUUUUUUGGUGUGUCAAUUCUAUUGCACUUAAUAAAGAUUGAAAAGAA